AUGGUCCGCCUUGGGAUUGUUGCCCUGGCCUGUGCUGCCACGUCUUGCAUGGCGCUCUCUGCCAGCAGACAGGUACCUGAUGGUGCAGGCUCGUUAACCCAGGACGGGAGCCAAGUUGCUGGCAUUGAGAAUGCGGCGGAGGCGAGGCGCAAGUUUAUUGAGGCAGCUCUCCAGGCAGCUUUGGAGGUUGCAGAGAUGCUCAAUCAAAUGAAGGACACCGGCGCAUAA